GUUAAAAAAAACAAUAUUCCACACAGUUCUGGUGUUUGAGGAGAAGUUAGCGUGUUAGCUCCUGCCUUACCCUGGAGUUCUGUUCAUUCCAACAGUUUAUCUUAUUUUUAUUUCAUUUUAAUCUCAGGUCUGUGAGAUAAAGUCACAUUUCUGCGUUUAUGUUAGCGGUACUCUCAGUUUGUUAACCGAGCCCGGGUUAAGCUUGGAUUAGCUAGGUUUAGCUGGCUGAUUAGCUGGCGAUAGUAGAGAGUGUGUAAAUGGGGAACAGUGCUCUCAAAGCUCAUCUGGAGACCUCAGAGAAAACCGGAGUGUUUCAGUUAACAGGCAAAAACCUGCAGGAGUUUCCGGAGGAGUUACAGCGACUCACUGGGAAUCUGCGCACAGUCGACUUGUCCAACAACAAAAUCGAGACGCUGCCCGCAUUUAUAGGAAACUUCCAGCAGAUGAAGAGUCUGACCAUCAGCAACAACCGCCUGACCAAUCUCCCUGCAGAGAUGGGGAAGCUGAAGAAGUUGGAGACGUUGAUGUUAAACGGUAAUCAGCUCACUCAGCUCCCCGCCUCGUUCUCUCAGCUUAAAGCUCUGCGCACCCUCAGUCUCUCAGCCAAUCAGUUCAGAGAAUUUCCCAGCAACCUCGGCUCCCUGCGUCAGCUCGACCUUCUCGACUUGUCCAAGAACCACAUCCAGGCCGUUCCUCCUGAGGUGUCCGAGCUGCAGGCCAUCGAGAUCAACCUCAACCAGAACCAGAUCUCCGCUCUGUCUCCGGAAGUUUCUCGCUGUCCGAGACUGAAGGUGCUCAGGUUGCAGGAGAACUGUCUGGAACUUUCCUCCAUCCCCUCCUCCAUUCUCACACACUCCAAUGUGGCUCUGCUCUCUAUCGAAGGAAACCUGUUUGAGGUGAAGAAGCUGCGUGAUCUCGAAGGAUAUGACCAGUACAUGGAGCGCUUCACAGCGACAAAGAAGAAAUUUGCAUGAAGGACAAAAAAAGGGUAACUAAGGACAAGACGGAAAAGAUGAGACAAUAUUAUGAUGAACUUUUAAUCUCCAGCACUGAGUUCCUGCUGGACGGUAAAGUUCAGGGAAGUACACUGUCUGGAAGAGAACACACCGCUUUAUAAUCUGAAGGCAUCAUUAUGAUGAUACACAUACAGUUCUUUCAUUUCACUGUAGUAUUAACACCAGGGAAAAGACACACACACACACACACACACACACACACACACACACACACACACACACACACACGAGAAACCUGUCCUCCAGAGUCCUAAAGACACAAGAUUAAAGAUUAUUUAUUAUAUAAUGCCAAUUAAUUAAUUUUAUAAUAAUAAUUAUAAUAAUUUAUGUAGGUAUAAAUCUCUGCGUUAUUAUAAACAGCUACAGGUUUCUAUAUUUAUUCACUGUUUGGUUUAAAAGACAGACAUCAGGAUUUCUCGCUGCAUGCUUAUUGUUUUCUACAGUCACCUGACACACAUAAAUAGCCACACCCCCUUUCUGAAGCACCUUUAUUUAAAAAAGAUCAAUUUUACUGCCUCAAAGUUAAACAUUAAUAUCAGAAAGUUGCAAAAGUAUACACACACAUCUUAUUAACGUCUUUAUUAGUACAAAUACUGCAUCAUCUUCUACCCUUCAGCGCGCGUGUGCGCACGUCUUCGACACUAAACUAUACAAUAUAUGCAAAAACAUAUGCAAAAACUAAUAAAUCCUGUGUCCUACUCAGAUCUUAUUUUAUACAUCAUUAUAGUGAACAGUAACAUGCACAAAUGUGUUAUAUUAAUAAAAAUAUAAUAAAUACAA